GUCGAGUUCGGUUCGUCCUAGGAUCGGAGUCUUUGUCAGCGUAAAACCAGGAUGAUGAAAGCUGGGAAAAUAUUGUUUCUUCUUCUUUGUUUGAAUGUGUUUUCUUAUGCAGUGAUUUCUGCGCAGCCGCAGACUUGCCCUGCUGAGAACGCUGAUGAAUGUGGCGAUCCAGAUGGGUGGGAAGGGGAAUUUUUCCCCGGCAUCCCCACAAUUAAAUAUGAGGGCCCCUCUAGCAAGAAUCCACUCUCAUUCAAAUAUUACAAUGCAGAGGAGGAAAUUCUUGGGAAGAAAAUGAAGGAUUGGUUCAGAUUUAGUGUUGCAUUUUGGCACACUUUCCGUGGAACAGGUGGUGAUCCAUUUGGGGCACAAACCAAAUUUUGGCCAUGGGAAGAUGGUACUAAUUCAUUAAAUAUGGCUAAAAGAAGAAUGAGAGCUAAUUUUGAAUUCCUAAACAAGCUUGGAGUGGAUUGGUGGUGCUUCCACGACAGGGACAUAGCCCCUGAUGGGAAAACUCUUGAGGAAGCUAAUGCAAACUUAGAUGAAGUGGUGGCCCUUGCCAGUAAGCUCCAGAAAGAGAAUAACAAGAAAGUUUUAUGGGGAACAGCUCAGUUGUUUAUGCAUGCCCGUUAUAUGCAUGGUGCUGCAACCAGCUCUGAAUUAGGAGUGUAUGCAUAUGCUGCUGCUCAAGUGAAGAAGGCAAUGGAGGUCACCCAUUACUUGGGGGGUGAAAAUUAUGUCUUUUGGGGCGGCCGUGAAGGUUACCAAUCUCUUUUGAACACAGACAUGGAACGGGAACUUAAUCAUCUGGCCAGGUUUCUUGAAGCUGCUGCUGCUUACAAAAAGAAGAUUGGAUUUAAAGGGACACUGCUGAUUGAACCGAAGCCACAAGAACCUACAAAACAUCAAUAUGAUUGGGAUGCUGCAACCACUGCCAAUUUCUUGCGGAAAUAUGGACUUACAGGAGAAUUCAAACUGAACAUAGAGUGCAACCAUGCAACCCUGUCUGGUCACAGCUGUCAUCACGAGCUUGAAACAGCAAGAAUUAAUGGUUUGUUGGGAAAUAUUGAUGCAAAUACUGGUGAUCCUCAAGUUGGUUGGGACACAGAUCAGUUUUUGACAGACGUUGGAGAGGCCACAAUGAUUAUGCUCAGUGUGAUCAAGAAUGGAGGACUUGCACCUGGUGGAUUCAACUUCGAUGCAAAACUGCGGAGAGAGAGCACAGAUGUUGAAGACUUGUUCAUUGCGCAUAUUGUUGGAAUGGAUACCAUGGCACGUGGCCUCCGGAAUGCAGCCAAGUUAAUCGAGGAUGGUUCUCUGGCUGAACUCGUGCGCAAGCGAUAUCAGAGUUUUGACACUGAACUAGGGGCUCAAGUAGAGGCUGGUAAAGCUGACUUUGAAACGCUUGAGAAAAAAGUCAAAGAAAUGGGUGAACCAAAGGUUCCUUCUGCUAAACAGGAGCUAGCAGAGAUGAUCUUUCAGUCUGCUUUGUAGGAAGUCUCAUCGUUUUUAUUUUGAUAAUCGUUUGUUUAGUGAUGAUUCAGAUAUUUAGGCUUUCCUAGUUUCUUUUUUUUCUUUUCUUUUUUUUUUAAUAAUAAAACAUGGAAAAUACUAAGAUCCACGUGGUCCUGCACAUUUCUCCAGUUAAGUGCUUAGCGAACAGAUUUCUGGCAGAAAAUUAUGGAUCGCACACAGGCCAUGACAAAAUAAAUAUGACUUGUUCAUGAAUAAUGAUGCUUUAGCUUUUUCUAA